UUAAAAUAUUACUAGCAAAACCUCUUAUCUUUACCAAAUAAUCUCACACCAAAACUGGAUAAAUUUUAUAACUGAAGUCAACCCAGUGCUGAAUUACACAAAUACUGCAAGACCCUGAUAGCUCUAACCUCAAAAACUGACUAGAUUUUACAAGUGAAGUGAGUGAACCCAUUUGCCAAUUUCAAAAUCUUUAAUUUUUCGAUGGAUCAUCAUAUCUUUAGCCAGCUCUCUGAUCCAUUUCCUUUUAACAGCAAUAGCAUCACUCGCGAUUCACCUACUCUAUCAGAUGCAUGCUCAGCUCCAGGAGGCAGUUCUCAUUCAGAUGAAGAAGUGAUACUAGCAAGUAACCUUCCGAAGAAACCUGCUGGGAGGAGAGUGUUUAAAGAGACCCGACAUCCGGUUUUUAGAGGUGUAAGGAGGAGAAAUGGCAAUAAAUGGGUAUGUGAGGUUCGUGUGCCAAAUAAAAAAUCAAGAAUAUGGCUUGGAACUUAUCCUACACCAGAAAUGGCAGCCAGAGCACAUGAUGUAGCUGCAUUGGCCCUAAGAGGCAAAUCUGCUUGUCUCAACUUUUCUGAUUCCGCUUGGAGGUUACCUAUCCCAUCUUCUACGAGCGCUAGGGAGAUUAGGAGAAUUGCUGCUGAGGCAGCAGAGUCGUUUAGGCCUCAAGAAUUUGGUUGUCCGGGAGAGCAAAAUAGCAGCACAGAGGAUCAUCCGAGUGGAGCUUGUUGCGACGAGUCCAAGACUACUGUGCCUUUCAUGGAUGCAGAGGAGGUUUUUGACAUGCCAAGCUUACUUGUGGAAAUGGCACAAGGUCUUUUACUAUCUCCUCUCCGUUUUGAAGAAGAUGUUGGUACGGAUUGGAAUGGGUUGGAAAAUGACUUUGAUAUAUCACUGUGGAGCGACUAAUGAAUUAAUUAUUACUCGGCGGCUAAAAAGAGAAAGAAAGAAGAGAGAAAGAAAGGAAAAAAAAGAAGAAAGAUUGUAAAUUUUGUUAUGGACUGCAUGUUUUUGAACGGUACUUAAUUAGUGUUAGAUAUGUAAUAAUUCAAGUUAUUAAUACAGUACAUAGAUAUAGAUAUGAUACAAUUA